AUGUUUGUUCUUCUUCAGGACGACAAUGACGAUUAUUGCGCGUCGUGUAGUGGAAGUGGUGACUUGGUCUGCUGCGAUGGCUGCACGCGAUCGUUCCAUUUCAACUGUGUUGAUCCGCCCGUCCACGAGGAUCGUGAUCUUCCCGAUGAGUGGUUCUGCAACGUGUGCAUUGCGCGGCGCAAUCCGGCGUCCCUGACGCGCUACACGGGCGUUUUUGGUGCACUGCUCAAUAUCAUGGAACAGAGAAAUUCCAGUGCCUUCAGCCUGCCCAGCGAGACGCGGAAUUACUUUGAGGGCAUGAAAACGGGAACUGAGGGCGAGUACGAAGACAUCGUCGUGACUGGUACCAGUCGGACAAGAAAACGCAACUAUGAUGAGGCACCCGACUUUUUCCGGAUUCGUGACAACGAUGGCAAUCCAGUAUUGUGCCACAUCUGCAACAGCUCUGCCCAAGACAACAGGCCCAUCAUUCCCUGCGCCUAUUGUGGUCUGUGGUGGCAUAUUGAUUGCCUGGAUCCUCCAAUGGCGAACCCGCCUGUCUUGCGGAACUGGCGCUGCCCGGCACAUACGGACGACAUCUUGGCCAAACUCCCCGGCCAGCUUGGACCUGCGCACCGCUUCCGCAAAAUCAAGGGCGCCCCCGUCGUCAAGCCUUCGUACUCUCGUGGCAUGAUCAACAAUGGGUUCAUCGAGUUCACCUCGGACGACGAUUCGUCGGACAACCAGAGCGGGUGGAAGCACGUGCAGUCCUUUGGCCGUGUGCAGCGCAUUGGGACACGCGGCGUGGAACUCGAUUUUCUGGAGCAGAUCCGAAAAGAGCAAAACACCGGCAAACAGCGGCGGGCGCGGAUGCACCGCUAUCAAGAGCGCCCCGAAUUUCGCAACGAUGAAAUCGAGGUCGUGCCCAAGGCGGAGCCUGCAGCCGAGCCCAACCGUGUCCUUCUUACUGAUCGCCACCGCAUAGACGAAGCCCAGGCUGCGCAAAACCUCUCAGCUCUCUAUACCUCGGAGGAGCGGACGGAUCGCAGCGGGGACUUGAUCAAUGCUCUCUUGUCUCAAGCAGAUGCCUCUGUGAUUUCUAUGAUGGCACAGGGUAGCCCGCUCAACAUUGAAAUUGGCUCGGCUUUGACACAGGAAGACCUGGCUGCUCUGCAAGCUAUGCGAGCGCGGAUCGACCUCUUGUUAUCCAAUCCGAGAACAAGGGCAGAGAGCCGUCAAGUUGACGACCUGAAGGCGAGGGAAGCUGGUGCAGACGAGGCCCAGGAAGUCCCAGAAGUCGCCAUGGAAGAUGUACAGGUGGCCGGCGAGGGGCUCCCAGAACCUGAUUCUGAACAGAUCGUUCCAGAAACGAACGAAGUCAUGAGCCUCGUCUCGGACAAUGGCGAGAACGAAGACGAGGAUCCUCCGACAAUUACAACUCCUCUGAAUGCCUCAGAAGACGAGCCAGGCUCUGCCGUCUGGCCAGUUGAGCACAGCGUCAGCGACCCCGGCAGUGGAACUGGUACACUGCCGGCGUCAGCCAAGGCCGAACUCUCCGAGAAUGAUAUUGACGGUUUCCGUUUAUGCGAUCACAACAACGCCAAACGGCCACCAGCAGCAGGCGAUUCCGUGCCAGGGCCUAUCCUCGAGAAGACGCUGGAGACGGUUGCGAUUUCGAACACGGCAGACGGCGACAAGGAGAAGGAGGACGAGGAGGACAAGCAGGGCGAAGGCCAGCAAGGCGCCGAUGCUACGGCUAAUGAUGUGGCAUCCCCGCCGACGCCUGUGCCAGCAUCUUCAGAAACCGCUGUUGGAGACGAAGACAACAAGGAAAACGAGAAGAUGGCCGACCGCCUUGAUAAGCAGAGCGAGCAGGCAGAUGGUGGUCUGGAGCGCACCGAAGCCCGCGCCGAAACCAACGACGCUGCUGACACAUGA